UCACGUUACCUCAAAUUUCUGGCCGGCUUACAGACACAUCCUUGGCCACCACGACUUGGGUUAGGAACGGCUGUUCACAAAUUAGCCAAUUGACGAGGUUAUCUGGAAAUUGAAAUGACAGACAACUGAAAGAACAUAACCAGCUAUUUCUGGAAGUUUUCCCAUCCUUUUUGUAACCAUUUCUGGCACACAAAGACCGGUCAUGGCGGCAGAAGGAAGAGACACGGAGAUGCGCAACUACAGCUCAUCGCCAACAUCGCUGUCGUCGCCCCCGUCGGCCCUGUCGGAGCCCGGAUCUCCAACAAGACUACUCAGCCAGGGCCGCGCCAAUAUUGAGAUGGAUGAAAUUGUCGUUGAUCCCGGCUCCGCCAACCGAUUUGGGGUAACCAGCCAGCAACGACCCCCUGCACCUCCCGGAGUUCAAUUGACUGCAGCUGGCCUUCCCCGCAAAAAGCCUGGCCGGAAGCCGGGCAGCACUGUCAAACCCAAAGCAGCAACUGAUACCAGCUCGACAAACACUGAACCCAAACAGCGCCGCCCGAGGAAGCCACGGGAUCCCAACGCACCUCCCAUUCAAAGGAAGCGAAAGGCUGCAGCAAUUGCUGCCGAAAAUGCAGAGGAACCUAUGCAGAUCGACUCUGAUUCACGUACUGGUCCGGUUCAAAGCCGCCAGCCCAGAAUCACUGAGUUGACGUCUAUGAGGAUGGCGCUGGAUGAGCCCCCUGCAGCCCAGAACCCACCCAAGCGUGAAGCUCCUCCCAAGUCCAUGAUGAGCAUUCUUAAUGACGAGCCCGCCCCCCGACCACAGCCUCCAGCGCCUGUCACCACCACCACCAGGCAGAUAUUCGACCCCGUCAGAGGUAAUUACGAUCCUGUUCGCGAAACCAUGGUUGCUCGCGACCCUUAUGGCACGGGCGUGCUGGGAUCACCUCGUGCACCCUCCCAAGUGGUCAACCGGGCGAGUGCAUCGCCGUCGAUCGCCAGCCUCGUUGACCCCCCUUCUACCAACACCAUGUCUCCUAGGCCGUCUCACCAGUCGUACAGCAAUAGUGCGGCUAGCCCAUCUCGCUUCCAUGAGUCGACGUCGCUGCCGCCGUCUCCGCCUCAUCCUAGUCGGAGCAACACCCAAGCCCCUGCCAAACCUCCCACCACCGAUAUCAAGCGUCCGCCUCCACCUCCGCCUGCGUCAGCCCAAACCAAGCCGGAGCCCCCGAAGAACACCUUCACCUCCAUGACCUCCAUACCUUCUGCGGUUACCUUGGCGGCAAAUGCUGCGCCAGCUCCGGCCCAGAGCAGGAAAGUCGCCGCUGUCGCCCAGCAGGACCGGGAGAAACACCAGAAAUCAAGCACGGCAUCAUCUUCGCCCAACAGCAGCGGGCCCAAGGACACCCUUCCUGCCGUUUCCGCGGGCUCAGGCCGGUCUAUCCUGGAUUUCGGCAAGGCCAAUCCCGGCGAGGAACUUCAGGCACCAAGCAUUGUACUCCAUAUCCCGCUCAACGGCGAGACCAACAAGUAUGUCAACUUCAUGCGGAUGGCCGAGGAACGGUACGGUUGGGAUGCUCUUCAUCCCCGGCUUGCCGCACACCGCGAGCGCAAGGCGCGCAUCGCGGCGGCGAGCGCGGCCCUCGAAAAGAACGGCAGCGGGCGAGAAUCAGGCGACGAGAUGUCAGUCGACCUGCAGUCCGAUGGAGAAGGCAGCAACGCAGAGAUGGGUGGCAUGGGCAACGGCGCAGGUGGGACCAGUGGGCCCGACGGUGCCCCUGCGAAGCCGGCGCGGAAGAAGCGCAACUUCAAGGAAGAUGAGUACGACAAGGCCGACGAUUUCGUUGACGAUUCCGAGCUCUUGUGGGAGCAGCAGGCGGCUGCCAGCCGAGACGGCUUUUUCGUCUACAGCGGACCACUCAUCCCGGAGGUCGAGAAACCUGUCGCUGGCAGCGAGGCUCCGCCAAAACGUGGCCGGGGCGGACGCGGAAGUCGUGGAGGUGCGAGAGGUGGCGCCACAGCUCGAGGCGAGGGUACGGGUCGCGGCCGCGGUGGUGGUCCGGGAUCCCGCGGAGGCGCCGUCGCUCGCAAGCCCCGUAUCACAAAGCUCGAGAAGGAGCAGCGAGAUCGCGAGAAAGCCGAACGGGAGAAGCUCGCGCAAGCAGCCUCCAAGUCUGGCGCUGGUUCCGGGACACACCCCUUGCUUCAGGUCGGUGCCAGUGCUGAUCAGAGCAAUGCCGCCGGGGUCGCUGGCUAAUCGGCGCCGUCCAUCUAUUGCCGAAUCAUCCUCUCGCCACUACUUAACCCUAGCGAUUUCCUUUCUGUCUGGGCAUAGUAACGCCCCUGGUAAUGUCUCACGGGUUCUUCCCAGACGCUGGGCUUAGCGGCGUUCA